AUGACAUCAAGCGAUGAUUCGACCUACUCCCUUGGCUACAGCCCCGCAGUAGUCAACCGCCACUCCCUCCGCCGCGCCUCAACCUCCUGCUCCUAUUUUCUCCACCACCUCAAGCCAACAUCCCACAUUCUAGAUCUCGGUUGUGGUCCCGGCUCCAUCACAACCGACAACGCAUCACUUGUCCCCCAAGGCUCUAUUAUCGGUCUGGAUCUUGGAGUAACAGUUGUCGAUAUCGCCAAUGCAAAAGCUAAGGAAUUAGGAUUGAGCAAUUGUUCUUUCCAAGUUGGUGAUGUGAUGAACUUGCCAUUUGAGGAUGGGACGUUCGAUGUAGUGUAUACGCACCAAUUACUUAUUCACCUACCAGAUCCAGUUAGAGCUAUCAAGGAAAUGGAAAGAGUGUGUACGAUUGGGGGAUUAGUAGCAUGUAGAGAGAGUGAUAUGGAAGAUGCUGUGUUUUACCCCUCGACAUCUGGUCUCAAAAAAUCGGUUCAGGUUAUGGAUGCGAUGAUUAGAGAGAAAGGAUCGGAACCUCAUGCUGGGAGAUUCUUGGGAAAGUGGGCUAUGGAAGCGGGAUAUGCAAAGGAGAAGGUGGUGGAGAGCUAUAGUUACUUGAUGCAGCCAAGUUGGAAGAACUCGUUGAUGACGGGUGAUAUUGGAGAAAAUGCGGUAAGAUUGGGGGUUGCAGGGAGUAGAGAGGAAGUGGAAGAGAUGAUUGGGGAGUGGCAUGCUUGGGAAAAUACGGAAGGAUGCUGGUGGAAGACUGGGUGUGGUGAGGUUGUCUGCUGGAAAGCUUGA